CGACUUCUUAAGAAAUGGGAAAUCGCUUCGCCUACUUGCAAAAGCAGGGAGGUGGCUCCUUUCCCGUAAUAACCCCGUAUUAACUUGGGAUGUCUGCGUUGGUUGCGGUAACAAGGGCACUGUAUUAAUUUACGUGGAUAUAACUUUUCUGCGUUUGAGAUAGUCUUCUUGGAUCAGUUUUUUUUGUUUUAAAAACGCGGAUCUUCCCCGGCUGCUUCCUGCUCUCUGCUGGCCCGACGGGCAGCCUCCAGCGCUCCAGGCCGUGACACUAGCCACGCCAUGUCCUCCAACGGCGACGUGAGCCACCCAACUAUCUCUGGCAGCUUCUGGGAGCCGGGGAACUACAGGAGCACAGUGAAGCGUAUUGACGAUGGCCACCAACUCAGCAGCGACCUGGCACUCUGUCUCCAGGAGCGAGCCAAGAUCGAGAGGAGUUAUGGCCAGCAGCUGGCUGACUGGGCUAAGAGAUGGAGGCUGGUGGUGGAAAAAGGCCCAGAGUACGGCACUCUGAAGAGGGCUUGGCAUGCCUUCAUGGAUGCCGGUGACCAGCUCAGUGAGAUCCAUAUGGACCUCAGGGAUAGCCUGGUCGUGGACGAAAGCGAGAAAGUAAAGAACUGGCAGAAGGAUGCCUUUCACAAGCAGAUUAUUGGCACCUUCAAGGAGACCAAGGAGGCUGAGGAUGGUUUCCGUAAGGCGCAGAAGCCGUGGAUUCACAGGAUGAAGAAUGUGGAGUCGUCCAAGAAGAGCUACCACCAGGCACGGAAGGAGGAGCGGACGGCCGUGACCCGAGAGAAUCAUGCGAAGGCUGAUCCCACCAAGUGCCAGGAAGAGGUCCAGAAGCUUCAGGAGCGCGUGGAGAAGUGCAGCCAGCAGGCCGAGAAGGCCAAACAGCGCUAUGAGCGGGCGUUGGAAGACCUGUACCGCUGUAACCCACGCUACAUGGAGGACAUGGAGCAGGUGUUCGAGAUCACCCAGGAGGCUGAGAAGAAGAGGCUGCUUUUUUUCAAGGAGGUCCUGCUCAGCACCCACAAGCACCUGGACCUCUCCAGUAGUGACAGAUUCAAAGCACUGUUUCAAGACCUGGGCAAGACACUAGCUGCAACCAGCAAUGCAGAGGACCUGAGAUGGUGGAGGAACACGUAUGGGCCAGGCAUGGCCAUGAAUUGGCCGCAAUUUGAGGAGUGGUCCCCCGUCACCAGCCUGUCCAUCAGCCGGAAAGAGAGGACCAGCCAAGCAGAGAACGUGGUCACUCUGACUAACAUUGUCUCAGCUGUGGAGCCAGUUUCCAGGGUACCAGCAACAAUGAGAUCUGCCAUUCAUAUCAGCGAUAACAUCAGUUGUGGGAAUGCCUGGUCUGAUGGAGACAUCUCUGGGAACUGCAACACAGCUAAUAGGAGGGACAGUGACGUUGAGCCAGUGGGCGAGCGCGUGAAAGCCCUCUAUGACUAUGUGGGCCAGGAGGAGGAUGAGCUGAGCUUCAAAGCGGGUGAGGAACUAAUGAAGCUAAGUGAGGUGGACGAGCAGGGUUGGUGCAAAGGACAACUGGACAGUGGGCAAGUUGGACUAUACCCUGCAAACUAUGUCGAGGUGAUCUGGUCCAGAUGACCUGCCACUUGAAUGGCCUGACAGAAUGAUGACAACACCUGUCCAGUUUACUAUGAUUCCAGCGCACUUUGCCUGAGCUUGGGGGAAGUCGCACCUUUUAAUAAGUGGUGUAAGGCUUUUUAAUAAUUAAGGCUUCUUUUUUAAAUACGGGCCACUACUUAAGGGACUUUGAGGAAGUAGCUUGUAUGUCUUGUGCUGGUUUUGCGGUAUUGAUGCGGAGGAUAUGUGGGUUUGGGGCUUGGGGUUUAACUUGAGAGCUGAGAGUAUACUUCCACAUUUCUCUGAGGAGUGCCCUUCCACAUUUCUAAUUGGCUCAUCUGGCAUCCCCCCUCCCCCCCCCCCCCCCCCCACUGUGGAAUACCACCAUGGUUCAGGUAUAGUCAUUUAAUCAGCCUUUAACAAAGCAAUGAGCCACAUGGUCAGGGGUCCUUGGCAUUUAUUAUCCCAGUGUUUAUGUUUCUGUUUAGCCUAAUGCAGAGAUUUCCAUGUGUUUCUUGAGGUGGUUCCAUGGUGUCACCCUGAGAGCUUGUGACUGACACUACACUUCACUCACAGUGUGUUGAUCUGAAAAAUAGCAUGCCAAAAAUGUGCAGUGAAGGGCAUAGGUGUCUUGGAAGUGGUACCCUUCAAAUAUUGACCAAGUAGGCUACUUUCCUUUUUUUGAAUGUGUACUUAAUCUCUUUCUGUGUCCUUUUUUUCUUAGCUAAACUUUCAAGCUUUUGUUUACUUUUCAUCGUGAGUUGCAUCAAUUUAUCAUUAGUUAUCAUUGUACAGAUUAAAAAAAAAAGAUAUAACAUGUAUGGAACUAUAUCCUUACUAACUGUGUACUGGAUUAAACUCCAUGCUGUGUAUGAUACUUAUGUGGCCCUUUUAGUGCCUAAUUAAAGUAUUGUAGUUAUAUAAAAUAUUGUAUUUUCACAUGAUGUUUUCACACUGAUUUAAUGCAUGACACAAAUCAUUAUUCCUGUGGGUGUGGGGAAUUACCUGGAGUAUCGUUUUGACAAAUUUGAAGUCUUACGUGAAAUGUUAUUAUUUAAAUGGUGAAGCAUUUGCUGCCCAUUAGAGACACUUUCUUAUUUUACCCUUUUAUAAUUGACAUGCAAAUAAAAAUCAUUAAAAUACAAACUCA